CGCUGCAAGCCCAGGCACGCGCACGCGCCGCGCACCCGCGAUAUUCGCUCCGAUACAAUAUUACAAAGUGACUGAUUAGUGUAAUAAACAUAAUCACGUACCGAUUGAAGCAGUUUCUUCAUUGAAUUAAACAACUGCUAUUUUAAUUGAUACGUCUUUUUGUUAACAUUUUCUCCUAUAAACGGACAAGUGCAUUGAGUAAGUGGAGAAGGCUACAUUCCAAACCGGUGUCGUUCUUUAAUGGACGAGGUGUAUACUACUCUGUGUGUGUUUUAGUAGUUAUCGAGGUGGUGACUGGUUCGGUGUUCGUUGUGUAUAGCUUUUCCAAGUAAACAGUGAUACAGAGAGAGAACCGUGAACUAGAAACUUGUGCAAACACCUCAGUGUAGAGUUCCCUGGCCAUAAUGUGAUAGUGCCAACAAACACUGACAAGUAUUCUAAAGAAAAAUGGCUCGCGGAACGCUGAGUGAAAACGAGCGCCACUGCCUAGAUGCAGGCGCAAAAAAUCAAUCAGAACGUCUCCAAGAGUCGGAAAAAACACUUAGCGACUGUAAAUCGAACGGACUUAGAGUUCGCUUCCUGGAUGAGGAAGGAAAAACUGAAAGGAUGGUAAGUGCCGACGAGGUCGACUGUGCUGUGACACGGGUCAAGAAGAUACACAUUCUUAAGAACAGAAGUUCUAGUGAAACGAGCAUUUUGCUGAGGAACCCGUCUCUCAUGAAGAGGCGCUCCAGUUCUGAACGUCGGUUCAGUGAUGGGUUUACAGACAAUAUAAACAACAACAACAACCUAAAUGAGAACCUGAACGGCAGAAUCAAAACGACCGAGUUUGACAAAACCGAUAAGACUGAAGAAAAUGAUCACACCAAAGAAGUAAAUGGCCAGAAUUUUAAGAAGAACUGUAAUGUAUACAGUGUAAACCAGGCCAAGACCCUGACUCCAGAGAAGAAAAAGUCGUUACCACUGACGAUGCCUAGGCUUAUAGGCCACAAAAUCCAGGAGAAUGGCCAGACCAAAUCGAUUCUACCAGCUGAAGGUUGUUUGGCUGAUGGUGCGUCCGGUAAAGACUUCACCGCGCGAGCUAUUGGUCGGUUAUCUCGAGGAAUCGGGAAGCUACUACGUCGCACUAACAGUGUGCGCAUCAGUGAUCCCGAUCCUGUGUACAAAGUGGCGUAUCUUGGAAAUGUUCUCACCGGCUGGGCUAGAGGUGAGAGCUGUGUCGAGAAGCCACUGGCGACGCUGUGGCGCAAUUACCAGCAGUCAACAAAACCAGACGUGGUGAUGAAGCUGUCCGUCACCAACUCCGGCCUGAAGGGGUUCACCAAAGAGCAUGGACUAACUGAGUACUGGUCCCACCGCAUCACAUACUGUGCCAGCCCACCGCACUACCCCAAGCUCUUCUGCUGGGUUUACCGACACGAAGGCAAGAAGCUUAAGCAUGAGCUUCGAUGCCACGCCGUCCUUUGUACCAAAGAAUCAAUAUCAAAGAAGAUUACAGAGGAACUUCAAAUCAAAUUGAAGCAAGCUUUAAGCGAGUUCAAAAAGGACAGAAUCUCAAAACAAAAUGCAAGACUCAGUCUCGCAAACAGUGUGUACGAAAACCCGAGUAUGCCUCGCAGAAAGAUUUUACUUAGCGUCGGAGCUAUGAAUUAUAGACCACCGUUAGAAAGGUCAAAAUCGGCUCCGAAAUUAGGAGCUAUUGAGGAACUAUGUUCCGAAGAAGAUGAAGAGGAAGCAGAGAUGAACGCUAAGCAGAACGGCGAGCCCUGGUCACGAACGUCUUUGGCGAUGGACAACUUUUAUUCCUCGCAAACGCUCGAUAGACGACGACCUGAUGUUAAGUCCCCACGGAAGACAUCAUGCCCCGAGGGAGUCAUAAACCGAACGCUCUCUGACUCUGGAAGCGAUAGCGUCACAGUCUCCGACGAAUUCCUCGAAUUACUGGCAAAGGAGAGCCAAAAGAAUGGACCUAUCGAUGAUACUAGUCAUAAUGAUGGAGAAAAGGAAACUAGAUUGCUAGAAGCGAUUGCCGAAUCGAACGAACUGAGUGAUAACGUGGUGGCCGAGGGCGAUUGUAAGGCGCUCAUGCAAAGUAACUACCUCGUCACGGAUAGCGACGACGGAUCUGUUUCUUCGGGCUGCGAGACCGCCAGCACGGUGACUGACACCGAGCCGUCAUCCCUGCCUCCGUUCCCCCAGGAAGACCAGAAAGAACAUGUUGAUAACAAUAUCUCCUACUUGGACCAGAGUUUUGCACAUAAUGACAUUAGGAGCAGCAACCGAAGCUAUAACUCUGUUCACAUAAUGAAUAACCCUGACUCAAACGUUGCUGAAGAGGUAAAUCACGUCCCCAUUGGCGAGAAAAACACCUUCCGGCGAAGAUCCACGUAUCCUCCUCUGCGAGCUGAUACGAAUAUUAUGGCAGACUUCGAAGGGAAGUUCGAGUCCCUCAUAGACAACUUGACCGAUGUAGACAGCUUAAACUCCAGCACGGAAACCGAAGUGUUUAAGAACACUGGGGACAAUGACAGCGCCUGCAGCGAUGAGUCAGGGUACUCGGAGCUGUGUGAUGGCAAAGAAAGUAUAAUAGGCAACACUAUAAUGGUCUAAGUUUCCCAUAAUAUGUUGGCUGCCCCUUUCUGAGUGUUUGUUUUUCAUAGAAAAGUCCCAAGGACGAUAGCGCUCCCUUGAUCUCUAGCGGGGCAGCAGCCAUGUCGAGAAGUGUCGAAUUAUUUGCGUGUAGAUUUAGAAUUUAUACGGUCUGGCAGAAACAAUGCACGUAGUUAAAUAUUAUUGUGAAUCCUUUACUAAGAUAUAAAUUAUAAUAAUGUAAUGUUACAGAGGUUAUAUUGGGUUAUUUCGACGAAUUUUAAGUAAUUAUUUAGUCAAUCCGGCGUCUUGAUAGAUUAGCAGUCGCCGGCGUAUAGUCUCUGUCGUGUGUUAGCAUAGCACCAUUUUCUUUGUAAAUAACAGGGUACAAGAGUACUUCAUACAUUGUCGUAUUAUUAUGUUUAAAUGUUUGUAUAUAUUGUAAUUUAAGUUCACGUACUAGAUGAAUUUUUCGGAGAUUUUAUUUGUAAAAGAGUUAUAAUAGUAGGUACUUUAUGGAUGCGAACAUCUGUUUUGUUUUGUCUAUAUUUAUUGUUUAUAGUAAGUAUACCUGUUGAGGUGGGCUGUAGGCGGCAGAUUGUGGGUGCGAGUACAUUUAAAUAUGUGAAAUAAUGUAUUUGUGCAGUGCGUGGGGUUUCUAGGACAAUUGAGUACAUAGUACUAUAAUGUUUUCUUUAUAUCGAGUGUUGUCCCUCGUAGAUAUUGUCGCUUAUUCUUAGUUUGUGAAAUGUCUGUUGGACGUACACAACUUUUGAUAGUACGAUGAUUUUAUGAUGUAACAUCACUUAGAUGAUAGAGUGCAGAAAAAUAAAGCAAUUAUAUUAUUUCCUGAUAUUGUAAUGUAUGUUUCUCUCGAACUGUAGAACGUGUAACGUGUAACAUCGUCGUGUCUGCUUCACGCUGUAGUGCUAAGGCAGUAAGGCAGUAAGCUCCCUGUUCACUUUCAUCUUGUGUGUACUUACGCAUUCCAUCCGCACGUGUACUAGGUCACCACGACAUCGGGUCAUUGUCAUCCUAAUCAUAUGUAAUUGUAGCGGAAAAUAAUAAUUUUUCGAUGAA